ACAGAGGAACAUCUGAAGUGGUGUUGAGAAAUGAUAAAGCUUUGAAAGCCUACAAUGUGAAGGAGUUUAGAUUUAAUUUCCGAUUAUUGAAUUUUUGCAGCUGUCACUUCGGAGCAAAUUUUUCCUUUACAUCUCCUCUGCCCCGAGCUGAGCAGUCAUGCAUGUCGUCAGCGUUGGCUUUGUGUUGCUGACGGCCUUCUUGGCAGUUAGUAGCCCACUGGAGGUUCUCGAAUCUUCUUUCAAGCGCAUCGGGCAAAUCUCGGGAAAUGCUGCCGGAAGAUCUUUAACCAAUCGCAACAAGCAGCCAUUCGAAAUUCUCGAGCAGUCCUUCAGGUACAUAUCUCCUCCCGUACAACAACCGAGGAUGUACUCGUCGAAAAUUCAAGAUCGAAUUGAAAAUCAGUAUAAUCAUGCAGGAGACAAUUCGAAGAAAACGGUCUCAAAUUGGCGGUUUACGUCACUGCCCUCACGUGAUGGACCUUCCUCAGUUUUGGAGUACACUGGCGAUAAAACACAGCGACCCUCCAUAUCAACAACUCAACAGCCAGACAAGAGCCCACCAGUCUUCGUCCGAUUAACUCCGUCGCAUAGAAAUUCGAGUUCAUCAACUUCUGACUCUAAUAAUCCUUCUGUAGUCAUUCGAUCACUGCCUUUUUCGACGAAGCCUUCAUUGGAAACGUCAACCUCUAAUUCGAAGCCAGAGUUCUCGACUCUCAGGUCAUGGAUGGAAAAUAAGGCCAAAAAUCAGGCUCAGAUGAUCGAAAACAAAGACAUAUUCGCCACUUCAACUGAAGUAACGCCAACAGUGCCUCGACGUUUCGCCAGCCCUAGGAGGCCGUUUAAUAUUCAAAGACCUUGGGGUAGUUCCUCGCCGAAGAUUGAAGAAUUAAUUGCACCAAAAAGGGUUGAAAUUAGCAUUGAUAAAGUAGUUUCACCGCAAAAGAAGACAUCAGCCCCACCUACUCGAAAAUCGAUUGCAGAAGUUAUUGGUAGCCUUGAUAAUAACUCACAUUUGAAGUCAAAGCUUGUGACUCCAUCACUGUUUUCUCCCACUGUGACACCUGUUCAUGCGCCAGUUGAAAUUUCUGUGCUCAGAAGUCAUCUUGCUGACAGCAAAUCACAUGGAGCGAGGAAAGUAUUGAAGGACAAACUCAGCCCGGGCAAGGAAGAUGUCGAUGCUAAUGUUCUUAUUAAUGUUUUUGCCCACGACAAUCAGCAAGAUUUGAAAAAUACCAACGCACUGCAGCCAACUAAAACAAGUCCUAAUCCUGUAGCCAGCGGCUCCAGGGUUCAAUUCCAACCAGUUCUUCCUGGAGAGGUAAAUAUCCUUAGAUUGCCAAUCAGGUACCCAAAUGGGGAUAAAUCAUCAUUUAAUGCUCCUCCUUCUUCAGUAGGGGCUCCACCUAGCAGGAGUACUGCAGGGGUAAAACCUCUUCAGUACAUCAUUCAAAGCAAGCCAACAAAAACAGAGGAAGCAUUUAGCUUCCAAACACCAACUCCAGUCAAAUUUAUUGAAGAUGGUAAUGAUGGUAAGACAAUUGAGGGUCCAAAACGAACGAGUGAUGUUAUUCGGUUUUCAAAAAGUCCCAUUUCACAUCAUAAGACAAAAUAUAUCAGCCCUGGCUCACAAGAUGGAAAAAACACUCCGAUCCCGUUGUUUGGGGAGAUGAGUGUCACCCAAACAGUAAAUGGGGGCUUUAGUUCCUCAAAAGUAUCGGAGCAGCAUGAUAAGAACCCCGUUGAUGAAAAUAAAGAAGCUAAGAACUCAACUUCUGUGCGCAACAAAUAUCUUAGAAGGCCUCAUUCUCUAGAGACUCGUGAUGAAUUGUCCCUGAAAGCUGAUGGGGUGGCAGUUAUGACAUCCACGGAAAUAAUAUCUUAUUAUGAAAAGCUCAAACAUGAUAUUUAUGACAUUCUUAAUAAAAUUCAAACAAAUCAACAGUUAGAAGCUCUCAAGUUAGCUAAUGAAAACAAACUGAAAGUGUCAGAUGUAGAGCUACAGAUUAAGAGCCCGGAUCACACUCUUAACUUUAACUAUGGAGACGAAGACAAGCCUCCUCAACUAGAUAUUGCUAAGGUUCUGAGCAUAAUAAGAAAUUUCAAGGAUAGAACUACAGCCAAAGAAGUUUCUGAAUCCACUAUGUAUAAUAUUGCUGAAACUAUCUUAAAACAUAUCAAUGAGAAAGAGAGAUCUUCCUCAAUUAAGACCACCCCAAUUAAUUAUUCAAAGGAGCAGCAAAACUACGAUACUGUAACCAAACCUCCUGACGCUGUAGAUAUAGACUCUUCAGAGUAUGACUACCAUUACGUAUACUAUGAUGACAAGGGAAAUAAAUUUCUGCCUGAAACUUUUAACCUGUUUGAUAAGAAAAAAAUAAUUUCGCCUUCUGAUGAAUUCACGCAGGCCUUCCUUGCAAAGCACACAUCUAAAUUAUCCGCAAUGCUGGCAGAGGUUCUUCAAAAUGAUGCAAAUAACAAAGCCACUUUAAUAAAUCCAAUCGAAUUUUUGGAAUCAGCGAUUUCAAAUCAAACUACUGAAACACCUCAUAGCCAAAAAAACAAUUUUCAACCAAAUUUGUUGCUUAAUCAUGCCGAUAAAAUAAUAACAACUAGCAAUAGACCAACAACAAAUGAUAGACCAUCAACAAACGAUAGACCAAAAACUAACAAUAGACCAACAACAAACGAUAGACCAACAACAAGCACUAGACCAAUAGAGUCAGCAAACGACGCUGAUAUUUUUACAUCGACGAUUGCUGCGCCUGUUUUAGAAGAAUUCGGCUCCUUUGAAACUCCUUCUACUACAGAGUUCUCGAUUACCGACCUGAGUACCACGUUGAAAUAUGAAACUACGACCGCGCCAGCAAAGGACUCUCCAGUCAAAGAAACGACGAAAAGACGAAAUUCUCAACCUCCGGUUACACAUACGAAAAAUACUCUUUUUCUAGACAGCCCACCGAGUGAAACAACAAUAAAAACUGAGAUCAUUCCAACUACUGAGCAAAAUCAAUUUCCACAGCAGGUUAAUCAGUUAUUCGGACAUCAACAGCCUCAAAAAACGAGAGUAAAAGUAAUUUAUGAGAAUAAACCAGAAGAGGAUAAGGAGGUCUUGCCACAUCCUGGAGCUGGCAACUCUGCGCUGGAAACCCUGGCUGGAGCUGGCGCUGUGGCACUGAUGGCUUAUGGCAUAUCAUACGCAUUGCCUUUAGCGGCUCCGCUCAUAACCCGACGUGAAGGAUCUUCUGGGGAAACUCCCAUUUCCCGGCUCAUGAAUUGGCUCGACAGCUCGAGAUCCAACAACAAGAAGAAGAGGAGGAAAGAUUUCAAGAAAAAUACGCGCUACGAUUCUGGCAUACCUCUGACUGCAGUGUCCAACAGAACGGCUUCCUAUCUAUAUCCAGACUACUACGAUUAUUACGCAGAAUACGUUGACGUCGGUGAAGCUGAAAUCAACAAACCUGUUCCAGCUUACGUGGACUAUGAAAUCGAACAACCCGAGGAGAUUCCUACUAGAUAUCGUGGUGAUUUUAAAGACACCAUUCCAUACGACGAUGAUACAUAUCCGUUCCCUUCCAAAUUCAGCAACAUCGCCAAGUCUGUCGCACCAAAAGAUGGGGGACAGAAAGCUGAGGAGCGAAACACCGACGCAGCUUUGCCUCCUGGCAAGCACAUCGGGUCUGAUUACUAUAGUUUCGGAUACGACCCAACAGAUGGAGCGAUCGGUGAUGAUCCCCCUAACGAAAGUGCUAUUUUCGGGAAAGUUACCUACGAAUAUGACUUUACAAAUACUCACAUCAACCCCGCAGUUGUCGGGAAGGAAACUCGGUCAGAAUACUAUGCGUUUCCUCCAGGACAGACUGCAGGUGCCACUGAAAGAGAAGGUUCAACCGCAGGAGCAGCGGUUUCGCCAGGCGUGGCAGUAAGACCCGGAAUUCCUGUCCCGUUGAGACCUGGACCUAAAUCAAAGCCUCCGCAAUCCACUAAUUUUUUCUCUAAUAUUUUUUCUCUUGGAAACAUUUUCAAUCGAAGGACGGAGAGAGUAAAUCGCCCUCCAAAGCCCCAUAGGGUUCAUCCGCAAAAACCCAUCGUUGUAAGAAAUGCUCGAAUUUUCCCUAAAGUACCAUCAAGCAAAGUGGAUACUUCAGACAAUCAUCAGUACGCUCGACAGUCCAAAGAAAUAAAUAACAUCUUAUCCACAAUUGACGAACACAGACCACUCAUGACGUAUUCAGAAGAUCGAUCGGAUAUACGGAGGAAAAAUACAGGAGUUCGACCAAAGAUUGACGAAGAGCUGUUCUCCAAAAAGAGGGAGGACAACAUUCGAGUUGGAGGAGGUGGCGUUGCCCUGUCUUCAGAUACAUCCAAGAUCGGAGGUGGAGGUUUUCGAUUGCCCUCACUGUCGACUCCGACUAAGAUGGCUGGGAACAGAAAUCCUCAGUACCCUUCAUACGUUUCCUUGGAACAAGUUAAUCGUCUGGCAGAAGAAGAGAUGGCAGGCGUGGUGAAAGGUUAUUCGCAUCGGUUAGACGCCCCGUGGUCUCCUCCAGAGGAAGGCGACAUCUUUCCCCGUCCCAUUGACCUGACAAGCGCCGGCAGUAAAGUUAAUUUAUUUGAUGAAGCGGAUUUGAAUCAAGGUUAUCACUUGAAUGCUGAUAGCACCGAUUACAUUUAUAAGACCAGAGAUAGUGCAUAUACAAAUGUGAACGCAAAUCAUGGAGUCGAAUCUAAACCAGCGACUUUACGAACCUUGGCUCCCGAUUAUAAUGACUUCGACUAUGUUGAUGUCAGGGGCAGCAGCGCAGAUGUUGAAAGUAAGCGUACACUUUCGACAUAUGAAAGUAAACCUGAUAAUCGAUAAAGUUUAUUUUAUGUUUCAUCCGCAUUGUUAUCAUUCGAAUGCAUGAAUAUUUGUCUACUAGUUUCAAUCACAAAAAUUGAGACAUUCAUCCUCUUAAAGUGGAAGCUGCAAUCUAAAUGCAACAGACGAAUUUUAUGAUGAGUUUUCCCCCUUCGACAAAUAAACUAAUAAACAUAGCUAAGAUAAACUUGCAUGCACUUCCAUUGCGGAAAACCUAAAAACUGUAAUUUUCUUAGUAGGGUUUCAGCUUAGAUUUAUGUGGGUGAGCAGAUAACACAAAAAAUGAUUGUUUUGAGCUUUACGCUCCAGUGAUAACAAGCAAUUAAUAAACAGAAUGGCGUAUCAACGUGCAACCUGUGAUGUCAGUCAGUGAUGCAAUUCACUCAACAGUAGAGAAAAAUCAAGAAGUGAACGAGGUAAUUUUUCUAAAUAGGAAAUUGGUAAUGGUUUUAGAUAUUACUUUUCACGACAUUUUUUGCUUGCGACUAUCGUAAUUUUCGGAAUGUUAUCUUUUCAGAUCGAUAAAUUUUUUGCCGUAAGUUAUUGUAACUUAAAAAUUUCUCUUUAGGCUUACAUAAUAAUGUACAGAGCGCGGUUUAAAAUAAGUUAUUUAUUUAUUUAUAUACUUGUUACAAAUGUAGUGUAAAUGAAUCUUUGGUGUGCUUGGCUACUGAUAAUUAAUAUCUAAAUUAUUAGUAGAACAAUUAAUGUGUAGGAGGUUGAGAAUAACAUCUCGAUACUGCCUCGAAAAUUUUUUGUUAUAAGAAUACAUGUUUAACAUG